CACGUUGUCUACUCAAUCAUCGAAGCUGUCUACACCGCAAGGUCUACCUACACUAUUCGUUGCCACUCACUUGAUGUGCAAAUGGUGUGUAACAGUCUUUAACAGCGCGGUAUGUGGCUACAAAACUGUUCCCAUUCUAUUCUUCACAGCAACAUAUCUUCCUCCUACCGCUUCCGUCUGUUAACAGCGCGUCAUGACUCUCAACUGUAAGCAGAAAGUUUGCGCUGGCGGCACAACAAUCGAUCAUGUCUCUAAAUCUCCAGUGCGUUAGUUUUAGUUCUGUGAUGGACAUCCUCGAAGACAUAACUGUAAGCGGGAUGCAGGACACCAGAACGGUGAAGUGUGCCGUUGCCACGAGAAUGGAGUGAUCUGUACACUUUCUAAGGUGAACGCAGUGAUGGAGAGUCCUUCGAAGAUUGACAGGCGGCAGGCGUGGGCGCUCAGCAGCCGCAAGCUUACGUUAAGAGACGCAGAACACUGCAGCUCGACAGCAGAAGAGCCUCACCGUCAUUUCUCCCUCCAAGAUGACGUCUUUCUGGAUGGAUGCUCUGCAGGAAAGAUUGAAACCUGGCUUCAAGGUUGUGGGAAUGAAGCCAGUCCAGCAAAAACCAGACACUUGACAAUAGGUGCUUUAAGGACAGGUACCAGCUUUGAGGAUGAUCUGAGUCUGGGUGCAGAAGCUUUAUAUGCUGAGUCAGAUGUGCCACAGUUUAGCACACCUCAGCAGAAGCUUAACUUGCCAUUGUUCAACAUGGGUCACAGCACUGCAUCCACUACCCUGUCAUCAACUACCAACCGGACUGUUUCCAGUGUGUCUGAGGUUCUCCAGAUGCGUGCCGAAGAUGCAGAAGACACUCUUUUCCAGCUAGGUUUUGGUUGUGAAGAACCUCAGGUGACAGCCCGCAUCCCAGUCCGAUUCUUAAACUUUCCAUCCCAGCUCAGAGGCAUCAACUUUCGCCUAUUUCUUGAAUCCCAACUCUCCAGGAUACGCCAGGAAGACCCCUGCCUUUCAUUAGCAAGUCGUUUCCGACAAGUAGAGGCAUUGACAGCGAUGGCCAAUGCCUUCUAUUCGUUGUACUCUCAUGUAUCCCGUACACCGCUCCAGAAGCUUGCUCCACCCCAGUUCACCUUCACUUCGCCAAUUGUGGAGAGAACCAUGUCUCGAACUAGUGUCCGCAGCGAGCCACGUUCCCCUGUUGAAAGGCUUAAAGAUACUAUCUCCAAAAUGUGCUUGUACACUGGAUCCCGUGGCUCUGACUCGGUCACUCCAAGCAGUUCACCUCGUAAACGAAACUGUAGUCUCUCAAGUGUAGUUGAGAAAGGUGUGGAGAGUUCAGGGAAUGAUGAUGCUAAUAACCAGGGUACAAAUCCAUGCCUUCAAAUGGAAGUAGGUGACUUGGAAUCAGACAUGGAUUGGUAUAUAAAGGAUAAGAAAGAUCUUGACGAGACAGGUGAAGCAAAGCCUGAAAGAACUGAUUCUGAGAGAGUUACAGAAACGAUGUCUGAGCCGACACAGGAUUCUAGAGCAAUGGAAAGUGUACACAACCUCAGGAAUACAUUACUAGACUGCACACCUUGCCAGGAGCCAAGAAGUGACAUAGUCAUGGAAUCCAAAGGUCGUACUUCACUUUCUGUUCACUUGAAAAGCUCCAGCAUUACCAUGGAACCUGUUCCUAUUAUUACCCAUGAAGUCAUAUGCCCUCAGGUCGUGGAAUAUGUCAAUCAGGCAUCUUAUCGCUGCCUACAAACAAAUAAUAUGGAUGACAAAGACUUACCUUUUGCGCACCAGAUGACAAAUAAACAUUCAAUAAGACUGGCUAACUCAAUGAAUUUACCCAUCAAAACCGCAGGAUCACCAAUCGGUAUCACACCACUAGAUACCCAGGUUGAAACCCUUGGUAAUGCACUUCCUGAUAAUUGUCCCAGUAAUCUUUCAUCCAAGCUCACAUCCACCACACAAAAGUCAUUAUGUCAAAUCACAAUCACUGGGUGGGAGGACGAAACCACCCUCCCUAACAGAGACAUACAGGAACUGUGUUCAUCCAGCAUUCACAGAUACUUAAGACCAACAAAGCCACUUAACCUGAGCAAGUUCAGCCAAUGCCCUAAACAAGCCAACUCUUUUGAGCUGGAGGAGCUGUCAUUGAAAUGGCACUCCUGCAUGUUGAUGGAAGCAAGAGAUGCAAGAAUAAUUUCUUUGGCGCCAAUCUACCACAGUGGAGACGUGCAGAACUUCAGUGUGUGUGCGACAUCAAAACAAGAUUCGGAGUGGCCCACUUGCUUUCGCUUACGAGACAUCACAAACAUAACAAUUGUGCACAGUGCAGAAGAAGAGGAAGCCAUUUCAUCAGAACUCUGCUCCACAGUCUCAUUGUCUGUUUCAACACAGCAACACAAAUCUUCCCCCUUGCGAGGUGACAGCUUUCAAUCAGACAGCAGUGGAUAUGCUGAGGAGGAUGUGCAGCAUUUCCCCCUCCAUCACUGAGAAAACUUGACAACAAAAGUAAAACCAGUGAAGAUGCAUCAGUUUUUUUCAUGCUCAUUAGGUCUAAAACUAAGUGGUCGAAACUAAGUGAUUACACUAUGUUGAAAAGACAAAGACUUUAUUUCAGCUUUAGUCUUUAUGUUCUGGGGACUUUUAAAAUCUGUGUUUUUAUAGUAUUGAGAAAAAAAAAAAGAAAAAAAAAAAAGUUAAUAGUCUUGAUAAGAAGUUUCACUGUUUCCAGCAGAUGGUGACAUACCACAAGCUCCCAAUGUUAACCAAAGUUAACAUGAAACCAUGUGUAAAUCAACAAGAAAUAAAUGUAGGGCAGGACUUGAUUUUAUCCAUCAGGAAUUUGGAUUGUGAAAAGUUGUCUCUAUGACAGAGGGUUGGGGGGGGGGGCUUGAAAAAUAGGUGAGAUUGGUGACGUCAGGUGAAAAGUCAUUUCAGAAUUAUUACAUUAUGAUGAAAGAUUACAAAGACAAAAAUGUAUUUAUUUGGAAAAACAUCCUAAGAAUGUGUAUUAAGAAAGUAUAUAGGGUCAGUUUUGAUUUCAUGUUGACUUUAAAGUGUAAACCAACAGCUGUACCUCUUGUGUGAUAAAUAUUGUGAACGUCUGGCUUUCAAAGCACUUUUCAGUCUUAUUCUUCAGAAAAAAUUAACAGCAGUAGAGAUUGCCUUUAUAUGUUAAUAAAUAAUUAAUUUGAA